GGUAGGCCGUCAUUGUAACUAAGAAUUCGUUUUUUACUGACUUGCCUUAUUAAAUAAUAUUUAGUUUCAAACAACAUCAAAACAAAACAAAGCAAAACACAUCAUUUGAGUUGACCAUUAUUCUGAAAACCAAUAAUGUUUUUUCCUGGGUCAGGUCAACAAUGCAUCACACCCAAAAGUGAGAAAAUAUAUAUUUUUUGAACUGUAUAACCAUUUAAAAUAAGUUUGCAUCAUGAUAAAUAAGGGUUCACUAUAAUACACAUUUGUAAGGGCAUUUAUAAAGGGUUAAUAGCUGGAGGUAAAUAGUGGCUCACUAUUUUGGCAAGCACUGACUGGCUAUUGCACUAUUUUGACCAAUUCGUAUUAACCCAUUUAUUAAUGGUUUAUGAUUAAUUUACAAAUGAUUAAACGACCAUUAAUAAUGUAAUUACAAACCCUUUAUAAACCCUUUACAAAGAAAUCUUUAUUGUAAAGUUCUACGGAAAGGUGUCAUUUCAAACAUAGAGCCAACACUUUCUAGUGGCAUUUCUGAAUUUCUAACGCAGUAGGGAUAGUAAGGAAGGGAGUGGUUUGUGACACACAAGAGCAGCCGCUCACCGAUUGGUCAGCUCAUACAGCAGUUACACCUCCAAAACAUCUGGUAUGCGGAAUGUCGGCCAAUGCUGAUUACCGCUCAAUCUGAUUGAAUCCAGGCCCAUUUCUCUUUCCUAUAUGUACGUUAAAAUUGAUUGUAAAUAUAUCAUACUCAAUUCUCUUCCCCAGUCUGCCUCUGGAGCAGUGGAGGUGGAGCCCAGUUUGGGUCAGUUGGAGGGAACAGCGGGUGACUCUACGGUGCCCAUGGUCUCUGAGAUGCAGGAUGCUAGCUCUCUGGAGCUGCUGGAUGCCUCUGUGUCAGGACAGACCCUCAGGGAGGGGGAGCCCCGGGCCGCCACCCUACCUGCUGACCCCCUCAGCCCUAAGGCUGUGCUGCAGGAGGGCAUGCUGGGACGGAAACACGACCUAGAGGCUGCUGGGAAGAAGGCUUCCACCAGGUCCUGGAACAACCUGUACUGUGUGCUGAAGCCUGGUCAGCUGUCUGUCUAUAAGGACGCCAAGAGCUUCGGCCAUGGCUCCACCUACCACGGAGAGGACCCUCUGUCACUCGGCAACGCCAAAUGGGAAGUCCUGAACAACUACAAGAAGAAGAAGCAUGUAUUCAUACUGAGGCUGGGUGAUGGUAGUGAGUACCUGUUCCAGUGUAAAGAUGAGGAGGAACUGGGGCGUUGGACCCAGGCCAUAGAGAAAGCAGUGAAGCCCCUGGCACAGGAAGAGGCGGAACCCUCAGGGUCUGCAGGGGUCCGGGCCCGCAGCCUGCCCCCUCCUUCCUCUUCUACCACCCUCACCACACCAGAGCCAGCGAAAGACAAGAAAGACAAGGAGAAGAAGGGCUUCAGUCGGUUUGCCAAUAAAAAGUGAGGAUGGACAGACUGACUAUAUUGCAGGUCUUGGGGCAGAAGAAGUUUUACUGUACAAUCAGAAUGAAUUUGAUCUUAUAAAGAUUUUCUUUUUUUACUUUGAAAUAGAUGAGAUAUUGUAGUUUAGAUUUAAACCUCUGCUGCCUGUAUUAAAGCUAGGGUAACAACAUCUUUCUUUCUCUUUUUGACAAAAUAUGCUAAAUUCAAAUAGCUCAAUAAAAGCACAGGAAUCCUCUUUUCACACUCAACCAAAGAAUGUUUGUAAAAUUCAUUAUUUUCCUUUUACAAUUGUUUCCCAACUUUGCUUUAGAUAAAAGCAUGCUUGUAUGAUUUGUAAAACAAAACACAUAAGAGUACUUUUGUUGAUUCAUCUGCCUUAUAUUCCUAGAAAAUGGUUGUGAAUUGUUAUACUGUGGUUUGAAUUUGGUGCUCUUAUAUCAUAGAAUCAUCAGGAUUGGGUGGCUAGGCUUUUUAAAAGAGCUUUGUAAAUUCAGUUUUAACUAAUGAAUUGAUAGGCCUAGUGUUGCCUGAAAGAGAUUGAGACAUUGUACAGUACAGUACCUGCAUGCACAGCAAGUACAACUGCAAGUAUGCAAACUAAUUGUCCUAUGCACUGUGAAGGCAAAAUAAUGCUGCUGAAAUGGGCAGUUAUAGACUGUUUUAACUGAGAUAAUGAAAGUAACACAAUUGAAAGAUGAUUAUGCUAUCUUGUUAUUGACCUGCUAUUACCUUAAACAUAACCCAAUCACUUUCAAACAUGACUUUGACCAGAACAAUGGCCAUCUCUGAGAACUUGAAAUAGCUCAUACCUAACACUUGUUUAUCAAAUCUCAACUUUCAUAUCUGUUCAUAUACAGUAUAUAAAAAAAUGCAUGAAUCAUGUUUUUUGUUUAUUUUUUGUGUGGUGUUCGGGUCUGUGGGACCCCUUCAAUGUUUACUCAAAGACAUAAUUUGUACAACCUGAGACUCAUUGGCCUUGGCUCAUUUUCGGUGAAGAACAUAUAAAAUAACACAUUUUCAUUGAGUGCACACUGUGCACCCCCCUACACAUGUAUAUUAUAUAUGUGGUGUUUGGGUCCACAGGACCCGAAGGUAAUAAAAGUGUGUGUGUGUGUGUGUGUGUGUGUAGGUGAAAAGAAGUAAAAAUUUAACAAAAAGG